GGUUCCCGUUGAGGUAUCGCGAGACUUCAUGUAGCAGAGUACUUCCAUCAUGGCAGGCUGUAAGUUGGUGCUAGAAGGUAGAGUUAGUGUAAACGCAUUUAUUUUAGGGCUCAGCGUGCUUGUAAUUCCUCUCAUCAGGACGUUUUUUGGACAUUUUGACUGGGUCUUUGAUUAUCUGACGGACACUCCUGGGAAAGUCGUGAUUUGCGUCCAUAUUGCAGUUAUCAACGGCCUCUUGCUAACCAUUUACAGGGGACCUCUUUACAAGGUUGCAGUGCGAGCCUGUUUUCUGGGAGUUACAUUUGGCCUGGGCUUAAUGAUAAGCUGCUCUGACACCACAUGGACACACUUUGGCUGGUACAUGUGCUCCCUGUCCUUCUUCCAUUACUCAGAGUACCUGGUGACGGCCAUCAUCAACCCUCGCAGCCUGUCCCUGGACUCCUUCCUGCUCAACCACAGCGUGGAGUACACGCUGGCUGCUGUCUCAUCAUGGGUGGAGUUCACCAUCGAGAAGCUCACAGUGCCAGAGCUGAAGCAGCUAAACUGGCUGAGCUUGGUGGGCCUGCUGAUGGUGCUGUGUGGUGAAGGUCUGCGGAAGGCAGCCAUGUUGACGGCAGGCUCCAACUUCAACCACAUCGUCCAGAAUGAGAAGGCCCAGAGCCACGUGCUGGUCACCAGCGGGGUCUACUCCUACUUCAGACACCCGUCCUACGUGGGCUGGUUCUACUGGAGCACAGGGACACAGGUCAUGCUGUGUAACCCGGUGUGUAUACUCGGCUACACGAUAGCCAGUUGGAGGUUCUUCCGAGAACGGAUCGAGGAGGAGGAGCUCUCCCUCAUCCACUUCUUUGCUGAGGACUACGUGGCGUACAAGAAGAGGGUUUCCACCGGCCUGCCCUUCAUCUCAGGCAUCCGCGUAAACUAGUCCUGAGCCAGAUUCUGAACUGAGCAGACUUAAAGCACUGAAGCAGGUCAGACCUGGUUGGUGUGUGUAGCGUCUGUCCUGGCGGCCGGCUGCCCUCUGGAGGAGAACCGAGCAGCUGGCUGAGAGCCUGCAGCUCACAGACACAGACAGUGACGGCUGGUUCGGCGGCACGCAGCUGGGCUGCUGAUUUUCUACCAACUUCCAAAACAAAGUUAAAGACCAUAAAACCUCCACUGUAUCCACCUAUCAAUAAUAUCCACGCCAUUUGUUUCUUGUUUGUGUUUGCAUGCUGUGACCAUGCUGAGUGUUUUCACUGACGACCUGAUGCAGCACAGACUCACGAAGCAUCAGUGUUAGAGCUUCUCUGAUGUUUAGAUGUUCAGGUUUUAAGAGAAGUCCAAGCUUUAAAGUUUUUCACAAAGAGGCAUCACCACGUUCACAAAAUGUAAAACCUCUAACACUUUUUAACGGAGCUCACUGAAAACAACAACAGUGUCAGAAAGUCGGCCUCUGUGGUUAAGAUCUAUAUUUCACCUUACUGACUGAAAAACAAACAGAACACUCAGCUUCUCGUCCACGUCGCCUUGUUUUCAGCAGCUUUGUGACAUUAGAUACUAGAUUACAUCACAGCAAAAGGGGAAACAUUUAAUCACAACUUUAGACUCAAUAACAUUGAUCAUUGCUGUUCAGAUGAUCCUGUUCAACUAGCAAUGUCUCAGUGUAGACCAAAAUAACUCCAGCUAUAAUUUCAGCCAUAAUUAAGCUGCCCCGCUAAAGAAGAUAUUUCUUCAUGCCUGAGUGUUACGUCCUCAAAGCUCUGCAGCUCUGAUGCAGGUUUUGUAUUUAGGGAUGUUUAGAGGUAAGCUCAUUUUCAUGUAUCUAAGUUAUUGAUUGAUUAGACUUUAUUGAGAUAUAGUCUGAGGUUUGUCUCUCAUCACAGCAACUCUGUUUGCAGAACAAAAAUCAGAGGCAGUUUUCGAAGAUAUAGACAUUUCACGUAAGAGUUAACCCCAAACACAGGAUUUGAUCUGGGUUUCAUGAUAGAAGAGCUCCAGUCUCCUCAGAUCCAUCAUUGAGCUCUGAACAGACUGCAUUAAGUGUGUUAAGACAGGUCAGGUGUGUGUCUGUACCUCAGGCUAACUCUGAAUCACAGCAUCAGUUUGUCCGGUCAGGUUUAAAGAGUUUGGUUCGUAGUUUUAAAGGUUGAAAGUCGUAGCUGUGUCAGUAUCCAAAGGGAACAUUCUCUGUGUUGUAGCUUCUGUUGUUGUUUUGUUUUGUUGUUGUUUAAUUUAUAAAUCAUCUGUUGCUUUGUUUGUGUUUGUGAAAACUUUCAACCAUGAGCAGUCCUGUCAUUUCUAACAGCAUCUCUGCGUCUCCUGUCGACGUGUCAGCUGGUGACUGAGCUGAUGGAGUGGUCGAGCGAGGAUGACUGCCUCUCUCUCUCUCUCUGAUUUCUGAGUGGCUUCACAGAGCUGCUGUUCACAAACACAGAUGGUAUUGUUAGAGAGCGAAGAGUUCAGCACAUAAUAAAGUCCUCUCUGGAGUUGAUGAACACUGGAGGUGAUGUUUGGUUCAAACCUCAGACUGCUGAAGGAGUGAAAGUAGUCUCUGUGAUUCUGAAGCUCUCACUUUGGUUUUGGUUUGGAUGUGCGGAUGGAGCCGCUCGUGCUGACUGAGUAAUCUGUAAUCCACUAACAGACAUGAAGUAAGAGUGUGUUUGGCUCCCAAAAACAAGCUUUCCACUAAGUGUGCUCAUCUAACAAAUUAAAACCUGACUUCUUCGAGUGAUUUUUUUAUGGAAGCCCUAAGCAGACAUACGUCUAAACGUCUUAUUCACUCAGUUUCACAUUAUUUAAAAAAAAAAAAAACGUCCGGUUGUUUCAGCUGGUUUCUCCAGAUCCCCACUUAAUUUUUUUAUUUUGAAUAUAUCAAAACUGCAUUUUCACUAGUUUGACCUGUCCUGGUAUCUCGGUUAACUGGCCUCCAUGAACCUGACGGAGGACGUUGUGCUAAUCGGUCUCGCAAAGCUGGUUAUCAACGUGAUAACUUAUAAGCUCGAAUCAGUUACUUUGAGCGUGCUCUCGUGAAUAACACUUAGACACUGACGUAAGCAAGUCUGCAGGUGUUUUUUUUUUUUUUUUUUGCAAACUAUGACAAGCUAAACAUCCUGAAGACUGAAAUGAACAGAAUAAUGCAAAGAGUGAAUGCAUGUGUUUGCCUUUUUAGUCUUGUUUAAAGGAUGAUUUCAGGAAAGCACAAUUCAUAACUUAAAUAUUCUUAUUUAUGAAAUCAUGCCGAUAGAUAAGUGUCCUCUCCUCUUGCAUAAUCAGCUCACAGAGCUCCAGGAUCAGGAUAAGUGAUGAGUCAGUUGGAGAUGGAUGAUUUCUUAACCUGGUUAUAACAUCCUCCAGAGCAGUUAACAAGUUACCAUGAUCAUCAGACCCAAAAACACACUGUGCUGACAUUCAACCUGUUCCUGUGUUUGUUUUGUGCUUCUACGAUUCUGAGGUUUUGAGUUAUGAUCGUAUGAGGUUAAGUUGAGAUCUCCAGGAAACGGAGUAAAUAAAAUGAGUGGAUGUGUGUCUGCUUAGGGCUUCCAGUACAGCUUUAAGUCUUUAAAAACAGUCAUGAAAUCUCUCUGGAUGCCACUUGUCCAUCACAAGACAGCCACCCUGGGGUACAUACUCUGCUUUUACCUCAGUUUACUCCUAACGGGUCCACAAGUUUCAACAGAACACUAAAACAUCAUGUGAGAGGAAGACUCCUUUCUAUGAAGCUUCUUUUAAAAACCAGUGGCGUCGCCCCUUGCUGGCCAUUAGAAAGAAAGCAGGCUAACAGGACUUCAGGCUUCGCUUUAAGAGCUCAAGGCUACCGUCACUGCUGACAGUCUGUGGUUUCAUCAGUUCAUCUUUACUCGCUCGAAAACUCUGAAUUCAGGAUGUUUAAGAGUAAAGAGUAAAGUAAAGUAGUUUUUGAAGAUUGUCCCAUCGGUCAACAAAUGUAAAUGUAAAAUAAAACUUUAAAAUGAUUGUCCUGAGGAGGAGUGUACACAGUGGGUCCGUCCUCAGAGCUCAGGUGAUAGUUCUGGUAUCAUAGAAACAUUUUUGUGCAUCAAAUUAAUUCAACUUUCAAAAUUAAUUAUUUUUGAUUUAACAAAGGAGUGACUGAAAGUUCUUCUUAAGUCCCAACUCUCAUCAGAUUAUAUAUUCUUCCUUUUUUUUUUAUUGUGACCGGAGGGACGAUUUUCCAAACCCUGUGUUUGUGAAAUGCGGUUGCAGACUGAAUGUGUGUAUUCUCUCGUGUGUGUGGAGGUGUAGUGUGUGCAGUUUAAAGAGACACACCUGUAGCAUAUCUGUGAAGUGCACUGUUAAAGGUUAGGUCAUGAAAACACUGUAUGCAGGGUGUUUCGGUGACGGCCUGCAGCAUGGUACACCUGAGUCGAGUUUUGGAUUCGUUGCACUUUUACUGUAAAGAAAACAUUUAUCACAGGUGUGUGUUUCACAGUCGGAGGGGGAGGACUGCUGGCUGCAUUUAUUCAUAAGGACACAGUUUCUCUACACCCGUUGUAUGAAAUAAAAUCGAGGUAAUUAUUA